AUGUCGCCCAGCGUCGAGCAGGUCAAGGACGAGGGCACGCGCGCCCAAGUCAUCCUCGCCGGCGGCUUUGCAGGCCUGAUCUCGCGCUUCUGCAUCGCGCCGCUCGACGUCGUCAAGAUCCGCCUGCAGCUGCAGCCGCACUCCCUCUCCGACCCGUUGUCAUGCGACGGCAUCAAGGGCCCCACGUACAAAGGUGCUCUACACACCAUGCGCGCCAUCGCGAAGCAAGAGGGCAUCCGUGCGCUGUGGAAGGGCAAUAUUCCGGCCGAAUUGAUGUAUGUCUGUUACGGCGGCAUGCAGUUCGUGGCAUACAGAGGCUUCACGCAGAUGCAGCAAGCACUCCCAGUCAAGAUGCCGAGCAGUGCCGAGAGUUUCGUCAGCGGGGCUUCAGCGGGCGCACUCGCGACGACCAUAACGUAUCCGUUAGACUUGCUACGCACGCGGUUCGCGGCACAGGGGACUGAUCGCAUCUAUACCGGGCUUCUGGGCGCAGUCAAGGACAUUGCAAGAGACGAGGGUCCACGGGGCUAUUUUCGGGGAUUGUCGGCCGCCGUGGGCACCAUCGUGCCGUACAUGGGGCUGUUCUUCAGCAGCUACGAGCUUUUCCACCAGCACCUUGGAGGGAAGAACUUGCCGUUGAGCUCAGGUGAUGCUGUUGCGGGCGUUCUGGCCAGUGUUCUGGCGAAGACUGCAACCUUCCCCUUUGACCUGGUGCGGAAGCGACUGCAAGUACAAGGACCCAUGCGUACUCGCUACGUCCACACCAACAUUCCCAUCUAUGCCGGUGUCUGGCGCGGCUUGCACUCUAUCUGGCGUAAGGAAGGUGUACGUGGGUGGUACCGCGGCCUGACUGUCAGCUUGAUCAAGGCUGCCCCCGCCUCAGCCAUCACGAUGUAUGUCUAUGAGCGUAGUCUGCACGUGCUCAUGGCUGAACGCAAUGACGAUAAUCUGUGGGAAUGCUACGACGCUUAUGCUGAUGAUUAUGAUGACUGA